CCGCCACCGCGCUCGCCAGCCGGACCGCGCUCGCCAGCCACGCACCGGGGCCGCUCGGCAGGCGGCUGAGACCGGUCGGAUUUGCCCUGCGGCUCUGCUACAGCUGUCCUCACCGCCAGAGGAACCAUGAAGGACUGCCAUCAUGGAUGCUCUGCAGAAUGUACGGGAGAAGGAGGGUCUAAAGUGGCGGUGGAGACUUUUAAGGCUAAAGAUCUAAUAAUCACACCAGCCACCAUUUUAAAAGAAAAACCAGACCCAAAUAGUCUAGUUUUUGGAACUGUCUUCACGGAUCAUAUGUUGACAGUGGAAUGGUCCUCAGAGUUUGGAUGGGAACGACCGCAUAUCAAACCUUUUCAAAACCUCUCAUUGCAUCCUGGUUCAUCAGCGCUCCACUAUGCCGUAGAAUUGUUUGAAGGAUUGAAAGCAUUUCGGGGAGUAGAUAAUAAAAUUCGACUCUUUCGACCAAAUCUCAAUAUGGAUAGAAUGUACCGAUCUGCUCUGAGGGCAACUUUGCCGGUAUUUGACAGAGAAGAGCUUUUAGAGUGUAUUCAACAACUUUUGCUGUUGGAUCAGGAUUGGGUCCCCUAUUCAACCUCUGCUAGCCUAUAUAUUCGUCCUACAUUCAUCGGGACUGAGCCUUCCCUUGGAGUCAAGAAGCCAACCAAAGCCCUGCUCUUUGUAAUCUUGAGUCCGGUGGGACCUUAUUUUUCAAGUGGAACCUUUAAUCCAGUGUCCCUGUGGGCCCAUCCGAAGUAUGUAAGAGCCUGGAAAGGUGGAACUGGAGACUGCAAAAUGGGAGGGAACUACGGCUCAUCUCUUUUUGCCCAAUGUGAAGCAAUGGAUAAUGGGUGUCAGCAGGUUCUGUGGCUCUAUGGAGUGAAUAAUCAGAUAACCGAAGUUGGAACUAUGAAUCUUUUUCUUUACUGGAUAAAUGAAGAUGGAGAAGAAGAACUGGCAACUCCUCCGCUAGAUGGCAUCAUUCUUCCAGGAGUGACAAGGCAGAGCAUACUGGACCUGGCACGCCAGUGGGGUGAAUUUAAGGUGUCUGAGAGGUAUCUGACCAUGGAUGACUUGACCACUGCCCUAGAGGGAAACAGAGUGAAAGAGAUGUUUGGCUCUGGUACGGCCUGUGUUGUUUGUCCAGUUUCUGAUAUACUAUACAAGGGUGAGACCAUACACAUUCCAACUAUGGAGAACGGUCCUAAACUUGCAAGCCGUAUUUUGGACAAAUUGAAUAACAUUCAAUAUGGAAGAGAAGAGAGUGACUGGACAAUCAUAGUAUCCUGAAUGAGAAACACCGGAUAUCAUCUGUAUGCCAUUAGGAUAAACUGUUGCAUUUGAAUUAUGAUAGAUUUCUCUGGCUACCCUUUUGUAGUUGUGCGUAAUGUAGUUUGUAUUAUUGGUGUGUUACCACGGUGAUUGUUUCCUCAUGCCAGAGAAAAUGAAUUGCAAUCAUGAAAUGAUGAUUUGUAAACUUACUUAUCAUCUCUUAGAAAGGUAAUGCAAGUGGUAAGAAGCUUGCUUUACCUUCUCUUAGAAAGAUGAUAAUGUAAGCCAUAUAAUAUAGAAUUUUCCUCAAUAAUUAUAGUGCCUCCCUUAGUACUUUGUACAUUUGUUCUUUAGCAUAAAUUGUGUUCUGCUCAACCAAAUGAGGUUUUUUUGGGUUUAAAGCUGAUUUGAGUAAUAUUAUAGGUAACAUUUCCUUUGACACACCUUUCUCCCCAGAAGGUAUUUUCUGCUCGCAUUUUUAUUUUUUCUCUGCACUAUUCAAUAGUCCUUUUUAAAACGAGACUUUGAAAAACUAGAUUUCUUCCCUUUGCUUUUUGUGUGUGGGGGGGGGCAGAUCCCCUAAAUCCAUUUUAAGGUGCACCUCCCUUUCUUCUUUCAUGCUCACCCUGUGAGUCAGCAAGACCUGGGCACAAUUCCACUGUUAGUCUUUCCACCAUAUUGUAAUCAGCUGUUAUCAGGCUCCACUACAAGACUAAGGUCUUGUGCCUUAUAUAUCUUUGUAUCCCCAAUGCCUGGCACAUAGUAGGUACUCAGUAAACAUUGUAUAUAAUGAAUGAAUGAACAUUUAGCUUCUAUAGAAGUUUAUCUUUGUUUCUAUAUUAUGAAACCUCUUCAUUAGAAUUUAAGAUUGAUGCUGACAUAUUUACCUCAUGUUGUCUUUACUUUUCAUGAACUAGUAAGUCAUUAAGAGAUACUCAGAGGCAUAAUUAGUUGGAGCAAUUAUUUAAUAUUUGAAGACUGUCUUGGAAUUGAAGGCAUAUUCUAGAGAGAAGUCUAGAUACCAACCAAAGAGAAAUGAUAAAUGUUAUAUGUUAAGUGUUAGAUACAAAAUAAAUCAUAAUGUUUUAUUUUGGGGGCAGAAAGCAAAGAGGUGUACUGUGGUUUCUGUACUCUGUGUUCAUAGGUGGUCUUUUCUGUUGAACUGGGAUUGAAUGCAUGAGUGGGUAAGGUACAGAAAGAACAACUAUAGAUUUUUUCUUCAUUUAAGAACUGUGAGUUAAAGUUUUAUCCUUCCGGGUUUAUCUAAAAAAAAAAGUAAAAAUCUGUUAGAAAACACUUGUCCUUGGAAGGUCAACUCUCAGACAUUGUAUUUUGAUUGUCCUGGGUCCUAGUAACCAUCAUCUUGCUGAUCAUACUUCAUUCUCUUUUCAGAGCAAGGGGAAAAAAAAUUCUGAAAGUUUGAUGCAUUUGAAAAAUAUCCCUAAGGCGUUUACCAGCAUACAGCCAAUGAGACCGGAUUUUUUCCCAAGACUUUUAGCCAUAGGGUCUUUUUAGAUAGGAAUGGUAGAAUGAAAAUUUGGAAAUAUAAGAUGAAAAGGAAUGGUAAAAACCAUCUUUUUUUUUUUUGGUGGGGGGCGGGGCAGGGGUUUAAUUGGUGGUCUGAAAUCUUGUAAGCAUCUGUUCUUUUCAGGCCUUAGUGUUUCUGACUGCCCUCUGCACGCGGUCACUAAGUGCAAUUGAAGGGUUUCUUUUGCCUUGGCUAAAUCCUUUGACCUCAUUUUUGACAUGGUAAUCUGGAAAAAGCUUCCAGGUCAUUUUAACCUGUCAGGUAGCAUGUAAUAACCAAACUCAGAUUCCUGUGAGAAAUGGCAGUUAUUUGCUUGCCAUACAUUUUAUGCUUUUGAAUCUCUAAAUUUAGCAUGGCAAGACAUGGCCAUUGUGAAAUUUGGAGAACAGUAAUAUGUAUUGACAUUAUCUGUGUAUGAUUUGUUUCAUAAAACUUUUAAGGACAUUUUAAACCCUUUCUCCUAGACUUAGUGAAUGCUAAAGAUAGGCAUUUUUUUUUUUUAAGCUGGAGAUUUUUAUUUAAAAUAACUGGAGGUUUUCCCUGAGACGGAGAACACAAUCUGCUAUUCUCAUUUAAGUAGUAAGACAGGAAGAAUUGACCUGGACACUGACUUGUUAAAUGGAUUUAACAGGAACAUCUGCAGAUCUUUUUCCUUGUGCGCUAUUUGUUUAAUUGCAGUGGAUUAAUACAGCAAGAGUGGCACGUUAUAACUAGGCAAUUAUCCAUCCUUCAAGACUUAGUUAUCCCAACACUAAUUGAUCAUUUAAGGCAGAAGAUAGUCUAACAUUAGGAACAUGUGAGGCUAAUCUGCUCAAAAAGAUCAACAAAUUAAUAUUGUUGCUGAUAUUUGCAUAAUUGGCUGCAAUUAUUUAAUGUUUAAUUGGGUUGAUCAAAUGAGAUUCAGCAAUUCACAUGUGCAUGAAUAUAAACAGAACUGGUGGCACUUAAAAUGAUAAUGAUUAACUGAUUUUGCAUGUUCUCUUCCUCCCACUUUAUUCAGUUAUUGCAUUUCUGACCCAGCUUGUCAGCUUUUUACAGAACACAUGGGUAGAAACCAAGAUUUUAAAAUGCAGUGUUCUGACUGACAUGGAUAAAACCUGAGUAUUAAGAAUAUUUGCUUUUGGACAUUUUCUUUGAUGUAGCCAUUUAUUAAGGAUUCAACUGAUGAUAUACACCACAAGAACAGUACAUUUCAGGGAAGUGUUCCAUAUUUGCUGGUACUUUGCAGCUGGCAGGAAUGAAUAACUUAAUAAUACCUGCUUUAGCCUUUGCUUUCAAAGGCACAUAGAAAAAGUAAAAAGGAAAGGAAAAGAGAAGCAAAUGAAAAAUCUUGUUGGAUAAUCUUCUUUUUUAAACCUGGUAAACAUCCUCUGGAGUCCCUGGGUAGUGCAAAUGGUGCCCAACUAGUAGCCAAAAGGCUGAAGUUCAAAUCUAUCCAAAGGCACUUCGGAAGACAGGCCUGGUGAUCUGCUUCUGAAAAGUCACAGCCUUGAAAACCCUAUGGAGCAGUUCAACUUUGUACACAUGGGGUCGCCAUGAGUCAGAAUUGACUUAUCGGCAGCUAAUGACAACAAACAUUCUCUAUUCUUUUCUUGAAAAGUAGCUGUAAGGAAAAGAAAAAUAUAAAGGUCAGAAACAGCAGCAGAAAGCACACUAUAACAUCUACAGUAUGAUGGCACACAGCAGCAGUUGUGGGAAGCCUGCACUACACACCUGGGUGUACAGUUUUUCACAGUGUUAGUUUUGUUGUUUGACAUAAUUGUACCUGAACAAGUAGUGCCUUGCUGUCCUCAUAUUAGAGCCUUCUUGGGCACUUGAGGGCAAUUAAUGAGUGUCUUAGAACUGUGAGACUUUUAAAGCUGCAGUUUCAGCUCACUGUAGGAGGAUUGUACUGUGAAAUCAGCUACCAAAAUAAGCUUAUUUUCUUUCCCUCAUCGCUAUGAGUCAGAAUCGACUCGACAGCACUGGGUUUUUUUUUUUCUUCCCAACUCAGCGCUCAGUCACUGCGUUCUUUUUCUUUAAGAAGUUCUUUUUUAAAAUGAUAUGUUAAGUUUACUCGUAUGAUUGGGAAAACAUAUUUUAAGCAGAAACAACAUUUGCUCACUUUCAAUGAAAUGAAUAUAUUGAGAAUGGUAUUUUCUAAAAUAUUUAGAACAAUAAAUAUUCCACGGCUACAGGAUGGCAAACGGCUUAGACAGGGGUUAGAGAAAUAUCGUAAGGAUCUCUUAUUUGAUGUCCUGAUUCUAAAUAUAAUCAAAUAAUUCUUUGUAUUGUGAAUUUCUUCUUAUGUGAAUAUGCAGAAACUUAAAUUGUAAAUACUAAUGCUAACAAGUAAUUUUAGUGGACACUUACUUGAUAACACUUGUCAAUUGUUUUGUCACAAGUACAAUGUGCUUUCUGGAUAUCACCUCAAAAAGGCAAAGGGUACCAGCUUUUUAAUAAACAUUAAUAAACAUUUUAAUAAACAAAAUAAUUGACAGAGAUCAUAGAGAUUAUAGUUAAUUUGAUCGGUUAUGAUAAAUGUUGAUUGAGUACCCUCAAAUGUGUGUCUAACACAACCAACAAUAGAGAUUAGAAAGUUAGUUUUAAAAAAUAAAUGGUAUAUAGACAUUAACCUCAUGAGGUUUAUAGUCUACUAUUUUAAUUAAGUUUAUAUAUAAAAGCAGUGUUUAAUGCAGUUAGAUAAGGAGAAGAGUAAGGUCUGGGCACAUCUCUUAAGAAAUCACAACAAACACUUUCAUUCCUUUUGAAAGGAAAUUUGUCCUUUUAGCAUUCCUUCUUUUUCUCUAGGGCAAAGCUACUUAGUAAGGUUAAUAUUUAGGGUUAUAUAUGUAAGCCGCUGCUUACUUGUGUCAAUUAUUUCUUCCUAGUUUACUACUGCCAAUUUGGUACAUUUGUUGAGUGCAUUCUUUUGGAGCAAUGUUGAGUUGUUAUGGUACAUGGAACAAACAAACACCUCAGAUAACAGCAUCCUUGCUCAUCUUCAUAAAGCUGGGUAAUAUUGAAAUAAAGAAAAUGAUCCUAGAGUGAGUUUUCCUGGAAAAUGUCUAUUAUAAAUCAAGAUGUUUAGUGAUGUUAGCUUGAAGGUGAUGGAUCCAGCUACUUAGAAAACAACAGGGGGAAGAAUAACUUUAAUAUAACCAUGAUUGUUCACAGUUUGAUGUUUUUAAAAAGAAUGGCAAAGAGAUUCAUUUUUAUCAUUGUCAGACUUUCUUUUAAAAAUACAAAGGUAGAAGGAAGUGAUUUACUGAUUGUCUUCAGCAUACAUAGCAUAAUAAAAGACUUUUCUGGUACUUAAUUUUGAGAAGUUGAUGAAGAAACAUAGCAACAGGAUAUAGUAGUGUUCACGGGUAAAUAAUCCCCUAGGAGCAGAUAUAUGUAAAUAUAAUUGCUUUUAAAAAUGUUGAUAAAGUCAUCAAAUUCAAUCUCAAAUCAAAGUGGUCUUUGAAAUCUGCUGAAUACAAGUUUUACGUCAUCUGUCUGAAAGUAUAUUUUUCAUACCACAAUAGACGCAAUUAACAAGACUCAAAACUUGAAUCGCAUAGUGUUCAAUUUACAUAAUCCAGUGUUGGGUUGCUAAGAAUUGACUGUAAGGUGUCAAGUGAGGAUGAAUUGAAAAAUACUUUCAUUGACAGCUUUCUCGCACAUCGCCCUGUGUGGUGAUGGUUAGUAAGUUACCGUCAGAGUGUUUGAAACAAUACCUCAGACCCACUGUCACAAUCGCUAGGUUCCUUGUUACCUGUAUAGAUUAUUGAAUUGUGGAGAAAAAUUUAAUUAAAGAUGUCAGAGGAAGAAAAUGAGCUACAGAAAGAAAGGAAUAAUAUAGGAGAAAAUAUAUCAAAGUUACUUCUCUGUUGUCCAAAGGAGCUUUUUCCUUAUUCUGCCAGGCAUUGGGAUGUUUAGCUUCAGUGUAGGUGCCAAAUACAAAUGGUGCCAAUUAAAAAAAAAAAUAGGAAGUGAUUAAAGAUAGUAAUCAGUUGACCAGAUAUUAGAAUUAAGCCACGAUUUGAGAUUAUACACUUUGUGUUAUAUGGAAACUACUUUAGGUUACUGCUGGAUACGACUUUAUUUUAUAGUUGUAUAGCCUUUAAAAUUUAUUUUAAAAAAUAUAUUAUCUCUCCAACUGUUUUAUCUUUUCUAAAACUCAUUAAAGGUUUUGCAUCUGAAAAAAAGAGUGACAAAGAGUAUAUUGUGAUUUAGUACUUUUAUUGUUGUUUCUUAGAAAUACUGUUUAUCACUAUCCCUCUUUUUUUGUGAAAGAAAUUAGUUGGAUAUUAUUUUUAGUUUUUGACUAAAAUGUGCAAAAAUUUAGUGCAAUUCCCUCAAGCUAGUUUCACAGGGUUAUUAAGGUCAUUCUCAGGGUUAACAAAGGAAUGCAAACAUCUGCCUCAAUUUCUACUUCAUUGAUAAGUUUGUGAAGAGUGCAGGAAUUCUCUCAAGAUUUUGGCUAUGAGUAGAUUUUGAAUCAGAUCUUAGAAAUAAGCUAGCUAAUCUGUAUGCAUCUAUAAUUUCUACAGAUGUUUCCCGUGUGACUUACAAGAAUGAAUGAUCCCAGAAUGCACUCAAUUAACUAGUACAUGAAGCCUGACCCACUGUUAGGAAGAAUUUGUGCUUACUUGAUAUGGUGGCUAAGGGAAAAUAAGUCGCUUGAGGAAGACGUUUUUAAUUCAGAGUUUAUAAAUAGGAACAGGAGAAUAUUAGCUUAAUUAUGGAAAUUUUAGAACCUGUUCUUUUCAUCAGAAUCUAAUUGCAAUUACCAUUGUAAUUAUAAACGCUGGCCUUUGCAAAUCUUAAAUUUCUCUAGUCGUGGUAAUUCUUGAAAUUCUCUUGAAGAAAAAUUAAUUAAAAAGAAAUAAACAUUUUGUAAAUGAGGCUUGGCUUUCAUGAAAAAUUGUUUGAAUUAAGGGUUAUGUUAAAAGAGUUUAAGCUUACUAAAAGUAUAAUAAUGGAAAUAUGGUAACAUAGUGGGUACGGUAAAGGAAACUACCUCAUUCUUUGAAGGUUUUGUAGAAGCACAAUUAAACAUUCUAAAAUGGCUUUGUUACACAUGAACCAUCUGGUGAGAAAGAACUCUGUGUUUGUAUGUCUAAAGGACCUGGUAUAAUUGUAUUUUGCGGGCAAUAGACACAUUCUUUAUUGUUUGCAGUUUCCUCAUCGCAUCUGUAAUUAUGCACUAUUUCUGUCAUCAAUAAAACAACUUAAAGGAA